CCCGCGUAGAUGUUGGCCCUCAGAAUCCCCUACGCGUCGAACGUGAUCAUGUUGCCAAGCUGGAUUGCCGUGUUGAUGCCAAACCCAUGGUGUCAAAUGUACGAUGGACCCGUAAUGGUCAAUAUGUUAGUACAACUCCCACACAUACCAUUUAUCGGGUUAGUCGUCAUCAUGCCGGCAAAUACACCUGUACCGCUGACAAUGGUUUAGGGAAGACAGGUGAGAAAGAUCUCAUCCUCGAUGUUCUAUAUCCACCAAUUGUGGUGAUAGAAACGAAGACACACGAAGCGGAGGAAGGUGAAACAGUCGUGGUUCGAUGUAAUGUCACUGCGAAUCCACCACCAGUCACUAUUGAAUGGCUGAAGGAGGGAGCACCAGAUUUUCGUUUCAAUGGGGAACUCCUUUCGUUGGUUUCGGUGCGAGCAGAGCAUGCUGGCAAUUAUAUCUGCAGAGCGGUGAACCUUAUGCAACCGUAUGGUUCGAAGAGAGUUGAAGGUGUUGGAAAUUCAACAGUGGCAUUAUUGGUGCGUCAUCGUCCCGGACAGGCAUACAUUACGCCCAACAAACCAGUGGUUCACGUAGGUAAUGGUGUCACUCUCAGUUGUUCGGCCAGUCCGCCUGGUUGGCCUGUGCCGCAAUAUCGUUGGUUCCGAGAUAUGGACGGGGAAUUUACCAACACUCAGAAGAUUCUGGCUCAGGGGCCUCAGUACUCAAUACCAAAGGCACAUUUGGGUAGUGAAGGAAAAUAUCACUGUCAUGCCGUCAAUGAACUUGGAAUGGGAAAAAUGGCUACCAUCACCUUGGAAGUGCAUCAGCCACCUCAAUUCAUUGCCAAACUGCAGCAACAUAUGACGCGGCGUGUUGGCGAUGUUGACUAUGCGGUUACAUGCAGUGCCAAAGCCAAACCCAUACCCAUUAUACGAUGGAUCAAGGAUGGAACGGAGGUGCUGCCUGGUCGAAAAAUGUACGACAUACGCACCACCCCCACAGAGACAGCAAAUGGUGUGGUCACCGUUCAAAGUAUAUUGAAAUUUAGAGGAAAAGGUCGACCUAAUGGCAACCAGUUGGUGCCCUCCGAUCGUGGUCUCUAUACAUGUCUCUAUGAGAACGAAGUGAAUUCCGCCAACUCGAGUAUGCAUUUGCGCAUUGAACACGAACCCAUAGUGUUGCAUCAAUACAACAAAGUCGCCUACGAUGUGCGAGAAUCGGCUGAGGUUCAGUGUAAAGUUCAAGCUUACCCAAAGCCGGAAUUUCAAUGGCAAUUCGGCAAUAAUCCAUCGCCUCUUACCAUGUCCUCAGAUGGUCACUACGAAAUCAGUACCAGAGUGGAUAACAAUGACAUCUACACCUCUAUUCUGAGAAUAAAUCAUCUCUCCCAUUCGGAUUAUGGUGACUAUUCAUGUCGAGCCGUCAAUCCUCUGGAUACAAUUCGGACGCAAAUACGACUACAACCCAAGGGACCACCGGAGAGACCAACAUCUUUGAAAGUCUUGGAAACCUCUCACAACUUUGUCAUACUCAGCUGGAUUCCGGGCUUCAAUGGAGGUAUGAGCAACACAAAGUAUUUGGUAACAUACAGGCGGGUGCCCACACCCAAGGAACAGCUCUUAUCCGACUGUAAUGCUGCCUACACCUAUGCGUCCACAGGCGGCAUGAGUUCACCCGAAUGGAUGGAGUUCGAUUGUUUCCGGGAAAAUCCCUGUAAAGUUGCACCACUCGAUCAACAUCAAAGUUACAUGUUCAAGAUUUAUGCCUUGAAUGCCAAAGGCAGUUCCGGCUACUCCAAUGAAAUGCAGGCCACCACAAAAGUGAGCAAAAUACCGCCGCCCCUACAUGUCACCUAUGACCCCAAUUCACAUGUGGUGGGCAUUAACGUGGCCGCCACAUGUUUGUCUCUAAUUGCAAUUGUCGAAUCGUUGGUGAACCGUGAAUCGCCCAUGGCCACGUGGGAAAUAGUGGACACGGUUUCUUUGCUGCCAUCAGGCGCCGAACCCACCUUCAAAGAGACCACGAUUAAUCAUAUAACUCAAAGAGCCCAUUACUCAGUAUCGGGUCACAGAACAACGAUGGGACGGGCUGAGGACAUGACAUUAGCUCUCGCUGAGAAUAAACAACCGAGUCCAGCGGUGCGUGUUAAAUUAUGUUUGCUCUCGAACCACAACCACUGCGGCGAAUAUGCGAACGCUGAAAUUGGAAAGUCAUAUCUGCCCGAGACGUCAGCUUUCACAACAUCUGCUAUUGUGGGCAUAGUUAUAGCGUCCGUAGCCUUUUUACUUUUUGCUGCAUUCACGAUAAUGCUGUGUCGCUGCAGGCGCUCUGCAGCCACAGCUACAAAGAAGUCAGCAAAUACAGCUGCCAAAGAAUAUGACCUAGAUUCGGGACGGCCAUCGAUUGUGGCCCAAACCAGUGGCCAACAGCAGCAGCCGCCACCACCACCAUACUAUCCCACAGGCAGCUUAGAUAGUAAAACACUUGAUGCACACGCCAUGGAAUUGACACUAACUGCCGUCCACGAUCCCGAGGACCAGAUGCACCAUCAGCAGCAACAGCAACAACAUCAUCAGCAACAACAGCAGCAGUGUUCCACCACUGGACAAAAGUCGUCGACGAACUCGUCGCUGUAUGGGACCCAGAACGGUUAUGGUUAUCACAUGACAAGUGCCAUCGGUGUUGAAGGGGACAGCUAUCAAGUGAUACCAUCGUCCGGCCUACACACAUUAUCGGGCGGUCCAGAGUGACUAUUCGAUUUGAAUACAAAAACGUCAACGUUGUCGGCAGCGGCAACACUCAAUAAACAACAAUCGGCCAAGAACCAGCUACAACAACAACAGCAGCAGCAACAACAGCAACCCACCAAUAAUGC